UCUCAUCGGCAGUUGCUUUAAUUUAGCUCUGUGGAGCAGGAGUUAUAUAUCUGUGCUGGAAUAUGGAUUUGUUUCCAUGCAGGUCAAGGAUGUGGCUCUUCAUAAUGGGGGCAGGCAUUUUCCUAGCACUUCUUACUUCAGAAACAUUUUUUAAAAGAAGAAAAAUAAAUCCAGAAGCUACUAUGAAUAUUAGCGAAAUUAUUUCUUUCAGAGGAUAUCCCAGUGAGGAAUAUGAAGUGGUGACAGAUGAUGGGUAUAUCCUGAGUAUUAACAGAAUUCCUCAUGGGAAAAGAAAUCAGUCAAACAAGGUUUCAGAUCCAAAGCCCGUAGUAUUUCUGCAACAUGGGAUGCUUUGCAGUGGUAGUAAUUGGGUGGCAAAUCUGGAGAACAACAGCCUGGGCUUCAUACUGGCUGAUGCUGGCUAUGAUGUUUGGCUAGGAAACAGUAGAGGAAGCACCUGGUCCAUGAAACACAUCAACUAUACUGUGGAGCAAGAAGAAUUCUGGCGAUUCAGUUAUGAUGAAAUGGCUAAAUAUGACCUUCCAGCUUCCAUAAAUUUUAUCCUGAACAAAACCGGACAGGAGAAAUUAUUUUAUAUUGGUCAUUCCCAGGGCACCACAAUGGCAUUCAUUGCAUUUUCAAUCAUGCCACAGCUCGCUCAGAAGAUAAAUAUAUUCUUUGGAUUGGCACCACAAGUCACCGUGCAUGAUUUCCCCAACCCUAUAUUGACGAUGCUCCUUGGGAUAUCUGAUCACAAUCUCAAAGGAAUAUUUGGAACUAAACAGAUGUUUCCUCAAAGCAAAUUUUUUAAAUGGAUUGCUACUCACGUGUGUAACCGUUUCUUAAUUGAUUAUAUCUGUAGCUUUAUUAUCCACCUAGGAACUGGAUUUAAUAUGAAAAAUCAAAAUAUGAGUCGUAGUGAUGUGUACCUAUCACACUGGCCAGCUGGGGUAUCGGUUCAGAACAUGCUUCACUGGGCUCAGGGUUUGAAGAGUGGAAAGUUCAAAGCCUUUGACUGGGGUAGCAUUGAAGAAAACAUGGCUCACCACAAUCAGGAAACAGCACCCUCCUAUGAUAUUAAACAAAUGACUGUUCCAACAGCUCUCUGGAUUGGUGGGAACGACUGGGUUUCAACCUCAAAGAAUGUUGCCCGGUGGCUGCCUCAGGUCUCAAACCUAGUUUACCACAAGAUAAUUCCUGACUGGGAACACACAGAUUUCUUCUUGGGCCUUGAUGCCCCACAGCGCUUGUAUGAAAAGAUAAUUGAGUUUAUGCAGAAUUAUGAGUGAGUUUGUGAUCUUGAAAUAGUCCUCCAAGAAAUCAUCAGCAUCGGUCUAUGAUGACGACGACAACAACAACAACAACAAAAACAACUACAUUUUUUUUUUAUAAAAAAAAUCACCUUGGAAAGAAAUCCAUAUGUUUGUUCACACAAAAUAAUCCCUUUGGAAAUAACAUUUUUGAACUGCUUAUCAUUAUUUUAAUCCAUGCAUUUUUAAUGGAGGUGUUGAGACAUAACUCAAAACAAUAGUCUUGAAGAAGGAACUCUGAUCUUCCCAAACUUUGUUUUGCAGUGUGGGGUGGAGACAAGUUCUUUGCUAACAUCUGUGGAAUUGACAAUAUGAAAACAUGCUUUGGAUGGUAUUGAACUAAGUUUUAUGCAGAGUAGAUCUAUUGAAAUUAAUGAACAUGACUAAGUUGAAUGCCACUCCCACUGCCCAUCACAGAAUUAGGAAGACCAGCUAUACAUUCAAGUGUUCCAAAACAGUAAAUAUG